CGUAUCCAAAAUGGCGGCCCCCAUGUUCAGAAACUUACACAACCUACGGAAAUCAUUUUCUGCACUUAUGAUACAUUUAUUUUAUAUAAUCUACACCGUUUGACAAGGUCUACCAAUACAAUUAUGGCUUGCUGAAAUGGUUGGAUCUCGUUUGCCCCUCAGUUUGGGGGCAAACAUGGUUUGAGACAUUCAGCCUUGAUCUGAAAGGCUAUAUUUUAAAUGUUAAAAGUUUGCUGUUUGUCACUCAUUUUGUAUGGGAAAGGUGACUGCCAUCUGAACUUUGAUUUGUUUCGAAACCAAAGAAGCUUAAGCUAUAUAUCUGUUUGUAACUCAUUGUGUAUUGAGUUAAAAAGUAUAAAAAACAAUAUUUAAAAAAAAUAAAUUUGAACAUAGUUUUAAAUAUUAUUGAACGACUACAAUUUGCUCAUAUUCACAAACAUAAUUAUGCCGGGGAAAAACUUACAAGCCUUAAUGGAAUGUGGACCAAAGUGUCGAUCAAAAAGGCACGCCUAUGACUUGAAUGCUGCAGUCAGUAAAGGAACACUCACAGAGAUUAAGGCUUACAUAAAGUUGUGCCAUAAUGGCGGACAGGUGUCCGAUCAAUUUAGACGGAGCUUACUUCACAUGGCUGCAGCAUGUGGAAAAGUGGAUGUCGUUGAGUGGCUGGUUGAGGAAAUGCGUGGAGAUAUCACGCAGAAAGAUGCAGAAAGUGGCUGGACCGCUCUUCACCGAGCAGUGUUCUAUGGGCAGCUGAGUGCAGCUCGUCUCUUGAUACAGUACAAGAGUGACAUUACCACACGGGAUCAUGAAGGUCUUGGUCCCCUGGAAAUUGCCAUGAAGGACAGGGAGCUGCUCAAGGGUGUCCCGUCUCCAGUAUUUACGGUAUCGGACGGCCAUGAGAUAUUCACUUGGGGAGACAAUUCCAAUUUCACGCUGGGACACAGUACAGAGCAGAGACGACUUACUCCUGAAGUUGUGGAUGUAUUCAGAAAAAUGCAAAAGUGUUUGAAACAGAUCCUGAUGUGUAAGUACCACACUGUGUUUGUGACCCGCUCAGGGGAGGUUUUCACAUGCGGCCACGGUUUGGGGGGAAGGCUUGGUCAUCAGACUGAAGAAACGUGCCUGGUUCCACGGUUGGUUGAGGCAUUGAAGUCGGAAGAAUGUGCACAAGUUGCUGGAUCACAUGACCAUACCUUGUUUUUGACAGCAAGUGGUGCAGUCUACAGUUGUGGCUCAAACCAGUCACAUCAGCUUGGACUGGUUCCUAUUCAGGAGAAUUGUCUGGUUCCCCGCAUGAUAAGUAACAAAACCUGGAAAGGUCGGGAGAUUCUGGGCAUCGCUGCAGGACGUUUCCACUCUGUUGUAUUUAUGAGCAAUGCAGUGUAUACCUGUGGUUUAAAUGCCGGGCAAUUAGGUCACCCAAAGAGCAAAGGUGAUCAGAAGAUUAGCCAGUUUAAGCAAGUAUCGGCACUCAACGUGAAGGAUCUGUGCGUCGUAUCUUUGGUUUGUUCCGAUGCGGCUACAGUCAUUUUGACCAAAAAGGGCGAGAUUUAUGUACUUCAUGAAUACCAGUGUCGAAAAAUAGCCUCAAAUCGCUCCGACGUACAAAAACUCUGCAUGGUUGGUGGGAACCUGGAUCAUACAGAUUCCCAGAUUUUACGUGAAAACGGUGGCUGUCCUCUCAUCAUCAGCUACUUAAGCAGCUCCGGAAAGGUAUUCAUUUGGCAUGAAAAAAGCCCUUCUCUGAAGAGAGCCAGUUGGCUUAUCAGGCGAUCCCUGUUUGUUACGGACUUUGCGCUGUCAGAGAAUGGUGUUGCUAUGGUAACCGAAGAAGGAGAGGUAUUUCUGUCAACAUUGGGAAAGCCAUCUCCAGUGAGAGAUAGCUCCCAGUCUGGAAAUAAAGAGAGUAUAGAAGGUGCAUUUGGUCAGAUGACGUUGAUGGAGUUACUGAUGCGCGAAGAAACGGAAGAACUCCAAGUUCGCCUAGUGCCGCAUAUUCAUCGAGCCUCGUACAUAGCUGCGGACAAGAAGGGACAUAACUUCGCUGUUAUACAGUCCUUGCCUUAUACUUGCCUAACCGAUGUGCCAAGCGUCUGUGGAAGUGUGAUGCGAGAUUGCUUCGAAAAGCUUCUUGAGGAAGCAGAUGAAUUUGAUCUCGUUCAUGACCUCAUUUUGCAGAUAAAGGAACAGAGAUGGCCGGUUCACAGAUUUAUAAUGAUCAGUCGCUGUGCCAACUUUCCUUCUCUGCUUGCAAAUAUAAUGAUCUCUUGUGACCUUGAAAAACCUGUCCUUGACCUUUGUGAUAUUCAACCUCAAAUUCUUGAGCAACUCCUAAGGUACAUCUACACGGACACAUGUGAUCUGGUUUCUCCUGGUGCUAAAUUUGUGCUGGAUAGAAAAAGUAAUGAUUCUUCUGGUGAACUUAUUGAUAUGGAUAUGGAGUUUGGUGCCGAUGUUGAAAGAAUUGAAGGAAGGAGGUCCGCAUUUGAGGUUAUAAGUAAGCAAAGACAGAAGAAAGGAAAAAAGAAGGCUCAAGAACAGAAAGGGUAUGAUCAGAAUCCUUUGAAAAUGUUGGCUGACUUGGCGAGGCAAUGGGGAGUCAAAGGAUUGGCCAAACGAAUUUCAAGUGUGAGUUGGAAGAAUGGGAAGGUUGAAUCCACAGGAAAGGCAGACCUCAGGACAUCACUCUCAUUUGAUAGAAACAAACUCAGGGGUACAAAAUGGGAGAUGUAUGACGUCUCUGUGGUGUCAGACGAUGGGGAAGUGUUUCAAUGCCAUAAAUGUAUACUGGUGGCCAGACUACAGUAUUUCCAUAGCAUGCUGGGGUCAGGAUGGAUAGAGACCUCUUCCAACAGGCCGUUGCCGUUGGCGGUACCAGCUGAUGUUCUUGAUGUACUAAUGGAGUACCUGUAUACAGAUGAUGCCAAAAUUAUUGCAGAAUGUACAGAUGCUGAGAAGCUGUGUAACAUUUUGGUAGUAGCUGACCAAAUGCUCAGUGUGAGGCUUAAACAGAUGUGUGAAGUUGCAAUUGCAGCUUUAGUGAGUAUGAAGAAUGUGGGAGAGUUACUAGAAUUUUCAAGUACAUACAAUGCCGGUGAGCUUAAAGCUACAUGUCAGCAGUUCAUCUCCCUCAAUUUAGCGUCACUUUUGGAAGGAAGGUAUUUAGAUGUUUUAAGCGAUGAAGUGAUAGCUGAUUUAACACAGUAUUACAGACAAGCAAUACCAAACAUGUCAAGAAGGAUGAUUACUCCUUUUGAUGAGGGUCCAGACAGGGAUUUUUUGGAAAAGCUUGGCAAUGAGCUUGGUGUUGACACUGAAAGCACCCCACAUGGGGCCCCAAGUGAGCCAAAAAAAUCAAAGUCCAAAAAAAGAAGAAAUAGGACUAAAAGCUCUGCCGAAGAUGGGGAAAAACAUGGAGACAGAGGUCCGAGGAAUUUGUCUGAAUCCGGCAGAAGUAUGGUAGAUACUAUGCCAGAAAGACAUUUGGAAGCUGAAUUAACAUCACAAGACCAAAGUUUAAUUGAACAGAUCGAUGUUGUUGAACCUUUAAAGGAAGGCAACAAAAUAGUGAAGGUGAACAGAACAUCACCUUCUGGCAGACGUGAAGAUGGACAAGCAUGCGGUGAUACCAUCACCAACAACAGCAGCAGUAGUAACAGCAAAUCCAGCCAUACAGCCUAUACAAAAUCAAGUGGCAACAGUAAAAACUUGGGCAUCAGCAAAGACAAUAACAAAACUAACGACUUUAAAAUAAAUAACAAUAGCAAUAGCAGCAGCAGCAGCAACAACAACAGCAGUAGUUACAGUGUUGAGGGUGGAAUAAGCACAAGUAGAAGCUUGCGUGAUAUAAUCCUGGAAGAGGAAGCUAGGUCAAAUAAGAAAUUGUCCAAGCAGUCUACCAACAGUGAAAUGAAAGCCAAAUUUUCCUGGCGGGAUGUAAAGAAACAGCAACAGAAUAAACAGAAAUGUCAAGGUCAGGAAGAGGUCAUUCAUGAAGGUCAAAGGUCAUCAAAUGAAGGAGGUCAACCUUUACAAAAGUUUUGUCCUUGGGGUUCCUCCACACAAGAAGUUCGUUCAUUCCGUAGUGUUAUUGAACAAGACAAGGCUAUCUCAGGAAGUCAACAUAAAGACGCCCUUGCGAUAAGCGUUAAAACACCCAAACCAGCGGUCAAAGGUAGCCCCAUCUCAAGUAGCACCGCGUCAUUAAGUUGGGGUCUGCAGGGUAGCAACCGGAAUCAAGUCACUGCUGGCAGCCCAACGCUAAAAAUAAACCCUACAAAAGGCGUAACUAGUCCGCAGGCAUGGUCCACGGCUGGGCCUACAAGCCCCGAGCCUCCAGAAAUACCCUGGUCAGGGGAGAUCAUCCAGAGUCCAACAAAUCCAAUUUGUAGUUUCUACGACAUUGUGAAAGACGAGCAAUUGAAAGUGGACACGCUCACGAGGGCAUCUAAUAAACCACUUGCUUUGAUUCAGAUUGAGGAGCAGGCAAUUCAGGACCUGUUGAUCCACUACAAGGCUGCUGACAGCGUUGAGGAAAGGAUCACAGUGGAACGGGUUGUAACCACUGCUGCUACACCACUAUGGAAACGGGAAGGCUUCAAUCAUCAUGAUCCUGAUUGGAUGCAUUAGGCUGAAGAUUGUUGAAUGUUUACUGCUGAUUGAUGAAACAGGAGACUAUUAAAUAUUAUAAUGUCUCCCCCAAUAUAUCAGAAGACAUACUGUUUUUGCAGGAGUUGUCUGUCAGUCACAAAUGUUGUCCGCUCCAUAAUUCUUUAAUUGCUUGAAGGAUUUUAAUAUAGCUCACCACAAAUGUUAACCAUUAUUGAGACUCUGUCAUAUGACUACAAUUCAUGUCAGCUCAAUAAUUAUUGAACUGCUUCUUGAAGGAUUUUGAAAACUUGCCACAAAUAUUAACCAUAUUGAGAGGAUUUGCAGCUUGGUUCAAGGUCAAGUUCACACUUAGAGGUCAAAGGUCAUAUGAUUAUAAUAUGACUCUUUUUCUUGUCCAAUUUUCAUCAUAUUGAGACAACAUGCAGAGCAGGUACAUGUUGCAACCAUUUUGGUUCAAGGUCACACUUACAUGAUCAAAGGUCAUAUGAUUAUAAUAUGACUCUUUUUCUUAUCCAAUUUUCACCAUAUUGAGACAAUAUGCAGAGCAGGUACAUGUUGCAACCAUUUUGGUUCAAGGUCACACUUAGAGGUCAAAGGUCAUAUGAUUAUAAUAUGACUUUUUCUUGUCCAAUUUUCACCAUAUUGAGACAACAUGCAGAGCAGGUACAUGUUGCAACCAUUUUGGUUCAUAGUUGCACUUACGAGGUCAAAGGUCAUAACUACCUCUGUGUCAGCUCAAUAUCUUCUGAGGAUUUGCCUUGCCACAAAUGUCCACCAAAUUAACGAUGUGCAGACAUUUGCGAUUGAUGGUUACAUAAUUUCUAAGAUGUUGUUUACUCAGAAGGUAUUCUUCACAUGCAGAUAUUAUCGAAAUAUGCCUGUAACCAGUCGAAUGUUAGUUUUAAUUGAUGAAUUCAUUAAUCAUAAUAAAAUGAUUUCUUGUAAAAGGUGAUUAAUAUAAAUGAGCUCCAUUUGUAGAGAUACAAUCAGUCAGACUAAUUGUCUUGAUUGAACACCUUUUUACCAAGGAUUGUUAGAUGUUUGAUGGCUUAUUGAAUACAUACUGAUGGAAUGUGUUAAAGCAUAAGUGUGUCCAGUCUUCCUUCUAUCUUCACCCUAGGCACAAUCUAUACCUUUAGACUCAAUGGUGUUUUCACUGUUUUGUGGAGGCAGAAUAUGUAUAUAGCAUCUUCAAAAGGCUUGGCCUGGUCCAUUCCUGGAACAGUUUUAUUAGUCCCAGAUAAUCAACUUAGAGAUAAUAGAGAGGUGAUGGAAUAUAUACUACUUGUAUAUGAAUUGGAUUUUCAGUCCUUGUUUGUUUUGAGAUAUGAUGGACUUUUAUUGUUACGUCUUAUUAUUUAUUACUGGGUUCAGGGGGUUGAAUGUUCUCCUAAUUGCCUGGCCUUAAUUUCUCGAAAACUCUCAAGUCCCUUAUAACAGGAUCAACCUCAGCACACUAUUUUUGGUUUGGUAUAAAUUGUGAAAUAUUAUCACUUAAUUUUGAGGCUUUUAAAGGAAAUAAUAUUUUAGAGAAAUACGAUAAACUACUUGCUGUUUCAUAAAUUAUAUAUUAAGCAAUAUUGGUAAAUGAAAUUAGAGUAAGUGAGUAACGCUUGAGAAAUUUCGAGAAAUUAUUGCCGGACUUUGUAAAUCUGGAUGUUUGGCUUUUCUGCUUUUCCAAAGGAAAAAGUUGAAGCAGUGUCAUAGCCUUGAUGGCAUUGGCGGUGGAAGAGUGCAAGGAACUUAAAAUAGUGCUGUAACUAAAACAAUUAAAAUAUGUUAACCGUAUAUGUGCAAUUGUACCAAAUAAAAGUUAACACAUGUUAA